AUGACCGAGGUUUCGUCUACCCGCCUUUACCUGGGCAACCUCCCUCGCAAUGCCACCAAGGCGGAAGUCGAGGCUCACUUCCAGACCCAUGGCACCGGCGAGAUCACUGAGAUCAAGCUCAUGAACGGCUUUGGCUUCAUUGAAUACAAGGACGCCAUGGACGCCCGCGACGUUGUCCCUGCCUUCCAUGGCUCCGACUUUAUGGGUGAGCGCCUGAUCGUCCAGUUCGCCCGCGGAUCUCGCCGCAAUGAGAACUUUACACCCAACGAGCGUGUUCCCCCGCGUCCACGACGCACUCCAUUCCGGAUGAGGAUAGCAAACCUUCCGGUGGAGACCAGCUGGCAGGACCUAAAAGACUUUGCCCGUCAGUCUGGACUGGACGUCGUCUACUCCGAAGUUGGACGCGAGCGCGAUGGCACUGGAUUUGUUGAAUACGAGACAGCCGCCGACCUGAAGACCGCAGUGGAGAAGCUGGAUCGCCGUGAGUUCAAGGGUCAGGAAGUCACCUGCACCCAGGACGUCUCUGAUCCGCCCCCACCUCCUCCUUUCAAGCCAAGGGCUCCUUACGGAGGCCCUGGUGGUCCUGAUGACAGGGGCCGUGAUAGGUACCGUUCUCGCUCGCCCAUGGGCCGUCGCGGUGGCGGCGGCGGUGGCUACCCUCCCGCUCCGUAUGAUGAUUACUACGAUCGCCGCGGUCCUCCCCGUGGCUACAGCCCCCGACGCGACGAUUACCGCCGACGCACGCCCCCGCGUGAAUUCUAUGACAGACGUGAGGGAGGAUAUGGCCGUUCCCCGCCUCGCGGCCGAAUGGCGCCCGAUGAGUAUGGCCCACCGCGCGCGCGAUACCCUGACGAUCCUUACGAUGCCAGGGCCGGCCCACCACCUCGCCGAUAUGACGACCCAUACAUGAAUGGCGGAGGUCGUCCGUACGAGGGAGGAGGAGGACGUCCUCCGUCUCCACGAGGCGCUCGUCCACGCAGCCCCGGAGGUCGUCCCCCUUACGACGCCCCUGCUGAGAACGAACGGCCUGAAGUGAUCCCACCAGCCUCCACUCAACACUCCCAAGAACAACAACAGGUGGGUACUGUGGCUUCUGGUCACUUCCAGGGACCCAAGGAUAGUGAAUGA